UUGUGGAGGAGUUCGAGACCACCCUGGCCAACAUGGCAAAACCCCAUCUCCACAAAAAUUGGAUAAUUUGAUAAUUAUCAUUAUUGAGUUUCUGAGACCUUACACAUUUACCAUUCUCUUCUGCACAAAUUACCUUUGUUUGUCUUUCCUGAAGACUAUCUUCCAGUCUGAAAAUGGACAUGAUGGAUCCACGGAUGUACAGCAGAGAGCCUGGAGGUCCAACCGACGUAGACAGGAAGGUAUGGCUCUCUUGGAGUCCCCAUAGUGUGGAAAUGAGUUUGCCCUGGAAAGGGAAAGAACAGCUUCUUGCCCUCAGGUUUCUCACCUUCUCCUCUCCUCACUCUCACCAAGGGCUGAGGUCCAUUUGUAUGCACACAAAGAAAAGAGUUUCUUCCUUUCCAGGAAAUAAAAUUGGCCUGAAAGACGUCAUUACUCUACGGAGACAUGUGAAAAGAAAAUUUAGAGCUAAAAUCCAUAAGAGGAAGGUGACAACGAAAAUCAACCAUCAUGACAAAAUCAAUGGAAAGAGGAAGACCGCCAGAAAACAGAAAAUGUUUCAACGUGCGCAAGAGUUGCGGCGGCGGGCAGAGGACUACCACAAAUGCAAAAUCCCCCCUCCUGCAAGAAAGCCUCUUUGCAACCGGGUCAGAAUGGCGGCAGCGGAGCAUCGUCAUUCUUCAGGAUUGCCCUACUGGCCCUACCUCACAGCUGAAACUUUAAAAAACAGGAUGGGCCGCCAGCCACCUCCUCCAACUCAACAACCUUCUAUAACGGAUAACUCCCUGAGCCUCAAGACACCUCCCGAAUGUCUCCAUCGUCCCCUUCCACCCUCAGUGGAUGAUAAUAUCAAGGAGUGUCCUCUUGCUCCUCUUCCACACUCUCCUCUUCCACCCUCAGUGGAUGAUAAUCUGAACGAGUGUCUCCUUAUCCCUCUUCCACCCUCUCCUCUUCCACCCUCAGUGGAUGAUAAUCUGAAGGAGUGUCUCCUUAUCCCUCUUCCACCCUCUCCUCUUCCACCCUCAGUGGAUGAUAAUCUGAAGGAGUGUCUCCUUGCUCCUCUUCCACCCUCUCCUCUUCCACCCUCAGUGGAUGAUAAUCUGAAGGAGUGUCUCCUUGCUCCUCUUCCACCCUCUCCUCUUCCACCCUCAGUGGAUGAUAAUCUGAAGGAGUGUCUCCUUGCUCCUCUUCCACCCUCAGUGGAUGAUAAUCUGAAGGAGUGUCUCCUUGCUCCUCUUCCACCCUCUCCUCUUCCACCCUCAGUGGAUGAUAAUCUGAAGGAGUGUCUCCUUGCUCGUCUUCCACCCUCAGUGGAUGAUAAUCUGAAGGAAUGUCUCCUUGCUCCUCUUCCACCCUCUCCUCUUCCACCCUCAGUGGAUGAUAAUCUGAAGGAGUGUCUCCUUGCUCCUCUUCCACCCUCAGUGGAUGAUAAUCUGAAGGAGUGUCUCCUUGCUCCUCUUCCACCCUCUCCUCUUCCACCCUCAGUGGAUGAUAAUCUGAAGACUCCUCCCUUAGCUACUCAGGAGGCUGAGGCGGAAAAACCACCCAAACCCAAGAGGUGGAGGGUGGAUGAGGUGGAACAAUCACCAAAACCCAAGAGGCGGAGGGCGGAUGAGGUGGAACAAUCGCCCAAGCCCAAGAGGCAGAGGGAGGCCGAGACACAAUUACCCAAACCCAAGAGGCGGAGGGCGGAUGAGGUGGAACAAUCGCCCAAGCUCAAGAGGCAGAGGGAGGCCGAGACACGAUUACCCAAACCCAAGAGGCGGAGGUUGAGUAAGCUGAGAACACGCCAUUGCACUCAAGCCUGGGCAAUAAGAAUAAAUCCGUGGGUCGAAAAAAAGAAAAAAAUCAAAAAAUAAAACAAAACCCACACUCCAAAUACAAACUAACAAAGAAUAAAUAAAUAAUAUAAAAAUAAAAUAAA